GUAACCAAAUUGUACACUCUCCCUCCUCUAUCAUCAUUCAUUAUCGUCUUCUCUACCCGGUCGGGCUUAAUUGCCAGAUCCACUCUUCAAUUCAUUCUUCACCUCUCCAUCUCCCAAAAAUGAAUAUCUCACACUGGAUCUCUCUCCUCACCGUCCUCAUUUCACCUCCCUUGUUCUGCCGAUCCCAGCAGCCCUACAUCCGCAAGGCCACCGGCUGCGACGGAGCUAGCAACGCCACCGGCAAUUCCACUUCCGCCUUCGGCUACCUCUGCAACGGCCCUGCCCGGAGCUGCCCGGCCUACCUGACGUUCACAUCUCAGCCGCCCUACGACUCCGUUCCCUCCAUCUCCUCCCUUCUCGGGGCCGACCCAGAAAUUCUCUCCCGAAUCAAUUCCGUCCCUCGAAAUGCGACCUUCGGGAGUAACGAGGUGGUUCUUGUCCCUGUCACAUGUUCUUGUUCUGGUCGGAAUUACCAGGCCAGUGGAUCGUACGCGAUUAGGUACGAGGAUACGUUUAUAGGCAUUGCCAAUACCGUUUUGCAAGGGCUGUCUACCUGUACGGCUCUCCUGUCUCAGAACAGUCGAAUUGAUCCGACAUCGUUGUACACUGGGGAGAGAGUUUUUGUUCCUUUGAGGUGUGCUUGUCCCACGAAGAACCAGAGCGACAAUGGCGUGAAGUACUUGUUGAGCUACGUGAUCCAAUCGGGACAGUACGUUUCCUUGAUCAGCAACAUGUUUGGGGUGGAUACAGGGGAAACCCUAGCGGCAAACGGUCUGUCUUUUCAGGAUUCUACCAUAUACCCCAACACCACUCUGCUGGUCCCACUUCAUGACCGACCAUCGAGCAAACAGGUGGCCGCGCAGCCUCCACCGCCGCCCCUGCAGCCGCUUGUCCCUUCGCCUAGUAAAAGCUCAAGCAAGACCUGGAUAUAUGCUGUGGCCGGUGUUCUUGGAGGAAUUUCUUGUUUGUCUGUUGUAGGCGCGCUUGUUUUCGUGUUUUGUCUCCGGAAACAGGGAGAGAAAACCGAUCCGGAGUUGGUCUCGGGGGGUUUUGGAGUAGAGGAGAAGAAACUGGAUGAGCAAGCGGAGUUGAGUUACGCAAGUGUGUCUGAAUUGGUAAAAUCUGUUAAGAUGUAUACCUUUGACGAGCUCAAAUCCGUGACUCAAGAUUUCAGUCAUAAUUCUUGCAUUCAAGGAUCCGUUUAUCGUGGCAAAAUCAAUGGAGACUUUGCGGCUAUCAAGAAGAUGAGCGGAGAUGUGCCCAAGGAAAUCAAUCUGUUGAGUAAACUCAACCAUUUCAAUCUCAUCGGUCUCUCGGGCGUAUGUUUCCACAACGGCGAAUGGCACCUUGUCUUUGAAUAUGCCGAAAACGGGCCAUUGAGUGAUAGAAUACACAUGAAGUCCCCAGGCAAUGUACACUCUUUGACAUGGACACAGAGGAUACAAAUCGGACUGGAUGUAGCCACAGGGCUGAACUACCUUCACAGCUACGCAACCCCUCCCCAUGUACACAAGAACGUGAAUAGCAGUAAUAUUCUUCUCGACCGCGACAUGAGAGCGAAAAUCACAAACUUUGGGCUAUCGAGGUCAGCAGAGGGACAAGAAGGGGAGUUUGCCUUGACGAGGCACAUAGUCGGGACAAAAGGGUACAUGGCACCAGAGUAUUUAGAGCACGGUUUGGUUUCCCCGAAGCUAGACGUGUAUGCUUUUGGUGUUCUUAUAUUCGAAAUACUUACCGGGAAGGACAUUGCCACACUUCAAGAUGGUGACGAGAAGGGGCAGAAGAUCUCAGAACUACUAGUUCCGGUGCUUCGAGAGGAAAAUGGGAAGGAGUGUUUGGCAGGUUUGAUGGAUCCAAGUCUGGGACAGAGGUACCCUGCAGAUAUUGCUGCAAGUUUGAUGAGACUAGUUGAUGGUUGCGUACGAAAAGAUGCUUCGAGUCGCCCCGGUAUGGAAGAGAUUGUCCAGCAUUUUUCAAAAGCAAUGACUGCCACAAUGGUUUGGGCAUUGUCGUCCUCAACUACUUGAUGAUCUACCUAUGCAUUCUGUAUUGCAGUUAGUUUGAGUAAUGAGUGAAUAUGCAUUGCUCAAUGAUUUGUAGAUCCACACAUUCCUCUAGAUGUAAAAUGG